AUGGGGGAAUCUUCUCCCCCCGACAACGAAACCGCACUGGUCUCUUCUUUGACAUCUGAGGCCAGAGCCCGCGGUAUCAACCUGGAACCUUCGCCACCUCGCCAGCCUGAGCAGAAUCCGUAUGCGGAGCGCUACGGAGGUCUGAUCUCCAGUAUAGCCAGACAACUAACACAGGAUGCAAAACUCCCUCCCUCCCUCUGGCAUGAAGCAGCAAGAGCAACUAUCUACAUUCAGAAUCGCAUCCCCCAUCGUGCACUGGGAUGGAGAUCACCGUCGGAAGCCCUUGCUGAUUAUCUUGGUGACCAUGCCCCUCACUGGCUCAAGGCCAAACCCGACCUCUCGGAUUUGCGAAUUUAUGGAUGCAAAGCCUAUGUCCGCAUCCACAACAUUCCCAAACUUUCGAAACUUGCACCACGUGCAGAGGUGGGGUAUCUCGUGGGGUACGACGCGUCAAAUAUUUGGCGUAUCUGGGUCCCGGGGAAGAAACGAGUUAUUCGGGCCAGAGAUGUUGAGUUUGACGAAACUCAAUUCUUUACACCGGGGGGAGAAGAUUCCCCCAUCAGAAUUUUUGAUCAGACUGACCAAUUGAUCUCAACGCUGGAUGACUAUGUCUCCCAACGCAUUCUUGACGACAUAGACAUCCCCGAAUCUGAGCCAUCGGACAUUCCUGCUGCUCCCCCAUCCGAUGACACACCAGGCCACCAGGCAGUGGUAUGGGAUCUGACCUACCUGUGCCUGAUAAUCGCCCUCCUGAGACAACUGAUCCCGCUCCUCCUGCUCCUGAAGCUGAUCCCGCUCCUCCCGCUCCUGAGGAGGACCUCAUUCUUGGAGAUCUGCCUCCAACUCCUGACUCGAGCCAUGCGGCUCACCUCCUUCUGGCUCACCAUCGAACCUACCUCUACCUCCUUCACCCCCAGCUGA